AUGAGUUUGGAAAUUUUGUUACAUAACAUAAAGUUUGAGAAUAUUGAGAGUGUAUUAGAAAACUUUUUCAUACAAUAUGUUCCUUUAAGUUUGGAAAUAAUAAAGCUGAAAAAAAAAAAAAAAAUUAAUGAAGCAUUAAAUAUAAUAAGAGAAAAGGAACAUAUAUUAAUUAAUGAAUGUUUUUAUUCUUUAUCAAAUAUUAUUUUAGCUAUAUUAAGGGGAAAGUUAAAAAUAGAACAUAUAGAUAAGAAAAAUAUACAUGAUUUAAUUUAUAUAUGGUUUAUCCCGUUAUCCCUUAAUGAUAAAAGUAAAAGUUUAUAUAAACUAAUAAGAGAAUUUCAUAAUAAAUUGAUAGUAAAUGAGAAUAUAUAUAAUAACAUAAAUGAUGAUGUGUUAACUUUUGAUGGGAUAUAUUUCAGUGAAUGGAUUAUACUUACUUUGAAUAAAAUUUUUAAUUCUCUUAUUUCAGAGGAAGAAAAAAUUCACAUUGAAAACUGGACCUUUGUCAUUGAUCUUAUGAAAUUUGUAUAUGUUGAUAAAAAUAUAAUACUUGAAUAUUUACAAAAAGAAAAUAAUAAUGUUUUAUUUCAAUAUGAUAUAGAUAAGCCACAUUGCAAAAUAAAAGAAUAUAAUUAUGAUGAAAAGAAAAUUAAUGUACACCAUAGUAUGAAUAAUAUAAAUAACAGUCAAAGUAUAUUUUCUAAUGACGAAGAUACAUCUCAUUUUGAAUGUUCAAGUAUAUCACUAUUUACAAACAUAUUGAAAGAUUAUUAUAAGAAUCCUCAUAAGGUAACAAAAACAUACUUUUCUUUUCCUCACGUGUUUUUUAAAUGUAUAAUAAACGGACUAAAAGAUGAAAAUGUAAAGAGAAAAAUAUAUAUAUAUAAUCAUAUUAUUCCUAAAGAAUUAAAUGAGGAUGGAUUUUAUAAAAAUAUUAUUACUACGUGUGUAUUAUGUUUUUUUCAUAUGAAACAAUUUAAUGAUAUUAUAGAUUAUGAAAAAGUUAUAUAUUUAUUGAAGAAAAUAAUAAAUUUAAAUUUAACAGAUAUCUUUUCAUCUGUUCUUUUUCAUUUGUUGUUAAAUGCUGAUAUGGACAAAGAAAAAAGGGUUGAUGAAAGUGAUAAAGAUAUAAAUAAUUGUAAGAUAAUGAAGGAUGAAAAUAAAAAUAAUUGUCAAUUAAAAAAAAAAAUUAAUUAUACAUCUAAUAUAUAUAUGAAAGGAGAAUUUACAAAUGUACCAAAUAACCAAAUAAAUUAUAUAUUAAAUACAAAUGAUAUUAUAGAAAACAUUUUUUAUUAUCUUCAUUUGUAUAGUGGUGAUGAAAAGGAAUGUAAAAUUCUUUUAACAAGUUUAUUAAAAGAGUUAAGUCCUUUUAUAAAAUUAAUCGAAGAUAAUAAAAAUGAUACUACUAAUAGUAUGAGUAAUAAGUUGUUAUAUAUAUGUAUAUAUAAUGAGAAGAUAUAUGUACUUUUGAAUAUUUUAAUAAACAUUAUAUUUCUGUAUAGUUGGAAUUAUUUUUUCAUAGAACGAUUUUUUAACCCUACUUCAAAACAUUGUUUUGGAUUAUGUUAUGCGAUAUGUAUAAUUGACAUCAUAAACCAUAUAAUUUAUGGUGAUUCACUUAUUAUUUGGUCGCUUUAUAAAAAUUUUGAAAUGAAGAAGAAGAAUAUUUUAAUGUAUAUUUCUAGAAUAUAUGUUGAGGAGUGUGAAAAAAAAAGUUACAUAGAGAUAAUUAAUGAAAUGGAUGAAAAAAGUAAUAUGAAAGGAGAAUUACAAGAAUUAGAAAAAGCAUCGAAACUGAAAGAAGUUUAUCCUUUUGAAGAUAAUGAGAAUAUAUUAGAAGAAAAUAAGAUUGAAUUAAUUUUAAUAAAAUUUUUACAAGAUAUAUUUAUUUAUAUAUUAAAUAAUUUUAAUUAUAGUUUGGAGAAUAUGGGUGGGAGUGAGUAUACUUUUUUUUCAAUUCUUUUAAGUAAAUUAUUAUACACAUUUAGUAUACAUUUAAAAGAUAUAAAUAAAAUGAUUGUUUCCAAUUGUUAUAAUUUUGAAAUUUUAUCAAAAAGAGAAUUAUAUUUAUAUAAAAUUAAUAUGUAUAAUACACAAAGAUUUGAUAGUAUAACAAAAAUGAUUCAACAUUUAUUUCAAUGUAAUAAUGAAGUAUCAUUAUAUUGUGGACAAAUAAUAGCUGAAUAUUUCAAGAAAUAUAUGACUAGCCAAAUGGUUAAAAAAAAAAAAAAAAAAAAAAAAAAAGAAAAAUAUUAUAAAAAUGAUAAAUAUGGUAAAAAUGAUAAUAAUUUCAAUAGUGAAAGCCAAUAUAAUAGUAGUGAUAAUUCUGAUGAUGAAAAAGUUCUGUUCCCUAAUUUGAAAAAACCUUUGGAGUAUAUACCAAAAGACGUAUUAUGCUUUAAAACUAUUGAACAAUGUGAUAUAUUAUUUUUGGAGAAUUUUAUUUUAAGUAAGGAGGAUAUAAAAACAUUUGAAAUGGAUGAAUAUUCGAUAAAACGGAUGGAUGAUAUUUUUGAAUUUAAUGAAAAUGUGAUAAAUAAUGAUGAACAUUUAAAUAAAAAAGACGAAAUGUCAAAAAUUUUUUUUAAUGGUUCAGAAUCUUCAUUAGAUAUAACACAUGAUAAUAAUUAUCAGCACGGUUGUGAUGUAAAUAUAAUAUAUGAUGAUAAAAUGAAAAAUAAAGAUAAGAAACAUAAUAAGAAUAAAGACACGCUUAUAAAUACUUCUUAUUGUGAUAUAUAUAAAAAUGGAGAUGUAUUACCAAGAGAUGAUAUGAUAAAACAUGCUGAUAAUAUAAUAGAUAAUGAUAUGUAUAAUUUGGAGGAAAAAGAAUUUGUAGCAAAAUUAUUACAAGAAAAUGAAUAUUAUUUAAAUAUGGAAGUAAAUAAGAAUAUGUAUAUAGAUCCUUCAGAAGAUUUAUUUGAAUGUUUAAAUAGGUUAAAUAGUAAAGUAGAUUAUAUAGAAAGAAACAAUAUAAGAGGUAACAAUGAAGAUAUAUUAAGAUUAGAUGAAAAAAAUGAAAAUUAUGAAGAAGCAAAUUUUUGUUUAUGCCAAACUAUAAUAGUAUUACCAAAAUUAAUUAAAGAGUGUGAUAUAUUAUCUUAUAUCAGUGUUGAUAUGUAUAAGGUGUUGUUUUCAAUAAAUAAUAUUACAUGUAAUAAUAAAAAUCAAAAUUAUAUUAUGACAUAUAAACUAUUUGCUAUAGUCUUAUUGUGUAUACAUAAUCCUAUAGAAAUAUGUACAUAUAUGUUUAACAAUAUAUAUAAUAAUACUUACGAUAACAUACAAAAAAUGUUAAUGAUAUUGUGUUUUCAACUGACGGCUUUAUAUUUAAGCAGUAGGAUAAAGUUAGAUGAUAUAUAUGAAUACAUAAAAAAUAUACAUGAGACAAUGAAUAUUUCAGAAGGGUUAAUAAAAAGUAAUAAUAUGAUGGAUAAUAAAACAAAUGAUAAGAUAAAUGUAUUAGAUACAUAUUCGAAAAAUAUGUUGGAAGAAAUAAAUCAUUUUGAUGAAAAAAAAAAAAUAAAGACACAAAAAGAUAAUGUACAAGUAGAAGAAAAAAUAGAUUCAUGUUCAAUAAAAAAAAAUAUAAAUAAAUCAUGUUGUUUAGUUAAUAAAAAGAAGAUACAAAAAUUUACAGAUUUAUGUAAUAUAUAUUUUAGUGGGGUAUAUACAACUUUAUUUUGUUUUAAAAUAAAAAAAGAAAUGUCUAAUAUAGAUUAUGAUGAAUAUAGGAUGAGAAAAUAUUAUUCUGAAAAUUUUACUUUAACCACAUAUUUACUAUCAUCAUAUAAUACCUUCUUAAAUUGUUGUAAUAACAUAUAUUUAUAUCUGGAGGAUAUCAUACGAGAUGGUUUUUUCCUCGUCCAUGAUUUCAUUCAAAGAGAUAAUCUUAUGAUUAGACGAGCAUGUUGUAAAUUAUUAUAUGAUAUGAUAAAUUUAAUAUUGUGUAAAAAAAUGUUUAAUAUAUUGAAAAAUCCAAAUUACGAAAUUUAUGAGUAUUAUGAAAAUGUAAUGAAUUAUAUAUCAAAUAGAAUAAAACAGGAAAGGGAUACCCUAUCCUUUGAGUAUAUGAAGCAGAUAUUAAGCAUCUACCAAACAAUAAACAUUUAG